CUCUCUCUCUCUCUCUCUCUCUCUCUCUCUCUCUCUCUCUCUCUCUCUCUCUCUCUCUCUCUCACACACACACACACUCACUCUGAUUCAGCCCAGUCUGAAAAAAAAACGACACUGCUGACAUCACGACUCUGUAGGAAAACCGCUACAUCCUCCAGACUUCCGCGCGGAGCCUCGACACUACAGGGAUCGCCCCGGGUCGCCGCGGGCUGGCCUUUAAACAGCCUCUCUCUCGGUUUUAGACUCGGAUUUGGUGGUGCACCAGUUGCACUGAAGCCCAUUUAAAUGAAUCUCGUAAGAUAUAUGAACAAUCGAGCACCAUCUAAUAAGAGGUAUCAGCCAACAGACUAUGAACAUGCAGCGAAUUGUGCCACACACGCGCUCUGGAUCCUUCCCAGUAUCGUGGGUGGGGUGUUGCUGUACUUUCUGUCCGAUGACCACUGGGAGGAGAUUGCAGCAUGGCUGUAUGGAGCAGGACUGGCAAGCCUGUUCAUCAUUUCCACAGCGUUUCACACCAUCACCUGGAAGAAGAGCCAUUUACGAUCAGUUGAGCAGUGCUUUCACAUGUGUGACAGAAUGGUGAUUUAUUUCUUCAUUGCCGCAUCCUACACACCCUGGUUGACCCUGCGGGAACUCGGUCCAUGGGCGUCUCACAUGCGCUGGGUAGUCUGGGUGAUGGCCUCUGGAGGAACUGCAUAUGUCUUCUUCUUUCAUGAGAGGUAUAAGGUGGUGGAGCUAGUGUGCUACACAGCGAUGGGAGUGUUUCCUGCCCUCGUUAUUCUCUCAAUGGCGGACAGGUCGGGUCUGUGUGAGCUGUUGGUUGGGGGCGGGUGUUACGUGUUGGGGAUGGUGUUCUUUAAAAGUGAUGGGGUGGUUCCCUUCGCUCAUGCUAUAUGGCACCUUUUCGUUGCCUUGGGAGCAGGCAUCCAUUACUACGCCAUCUGGAAGUACUUGUAUACACCUGUCAAUCAACAGACCAGCACAGCCCGGUGACACACACAACAUACACACACACACACACACACACACACACACACACACACUCUUACAUUAGUUUAAGUAGAAAUAUUAGAGGACAAACAGAAUAGAGACACUGGUGGUCUUAUUUCUGGACAGAUCGGGGGUCUGUUUACAUGAUUCUGUAGAUUGUAGAAGUGGUUAUGAAGUGUAUGAGCAUCUCAGAGAGGAAGGGCUGAUAUGGGUUCAGCUUGUUCAUUAUACUGUAUAAUGAUGUUUGAUGAUUGACCUGUUCAAGCUCCACCCACAAAAAUGUAAAUCAUAUUCAGGCUAAUGAAAAACUGAAAUACAAAUAUAUAUAUAUAUAUAUAUAUAUAUAUAUAUACAACAAACCAGAGAAAAAAAGAACAUUUACCUCAGCAGUAUUGCAUUUCUAAUUAUAAAUUACUCACAUGUUUAGCUAGCUAGCUUAUUACCUCAGUAGUGCAGUUUUGUAAUAAAUUACCUCAGUAGUGUCAUUCUAAUCAAACAUUUGCUUAAUCAAUAAAAGCAUGAAUUUCCUCAGCAGUGCUACACCAGAUGCAUGUGAAAUAGUGAAUUUUACACACAGAAAGGCAACCAGUCAAACAGAUGCUAAGUCUAGGUUAUUUCUAAGGAUCGAUCUUGGGUUUAUUUGAAUAAAAAAUAUCGGAUCAUUUAUUAAAGAUACAUUUGAUUCGAUUUUUUUUAAACACCACCCUAACAGUCAGUGGUGUUACACUGUAAACUGCAUUUCAGUCUGCAGUGUUAUAUUCUGAAUUGCAUUAUUUUAGUGAUGUUACACGGUGUAGUUUAUUAUGGAUUAGGGCAAUACAUUACAGAGAGUCUGUUUGGGUCAGUGGUGUAAUACUGCAGCAUGUAUAAUGUGUCAGUGGUGUAACAGUAUGGAGAGUGUUACUCUGCCACUGUCUCUCAUAAUAUACGUAAAAUACAAUACAAACCAUGCCAAAUAAACAAUAUACAAAAAAUAUACAUAUGUAACAGUAAUUACACAAACAAAUGGAGAGUAAUUAUAGGUUAUUGGUGUAACUGCAUGGUAUGUGUUAUGGUCAGUGGUGUUUCCACAGUCUCUCAGGCGGUUACAAAAUUUUUGAUUGUAAAUCUGUGUAUUUUGACAUUGCAGCUUCGUAUUAGACUGAAUAAGGUUUUUGGUAAUGUCCUGUAAAGCGCAUACAUCUCCUACAAAACAAUGCUCAAUAUUCUGUCUGUGUUGAGCUUGAAUGGGUCAACUAAGACAUGAAACACCAAAACUGAUCGCAGAUCAGCCCUUUUUCCCUUAGAUGUUUUAUACAAAUUACGACUGGACCUGUGAAGAACCUAAUAAGGCAGUGUUACCUGCAACAAGACACAUGUUUUAAGGGAAAGAUGUACAGCAUUAUGUAAAAAAAAACAUACAAAAAAAACAUUUUAUCCGUUUAAAAGAAAAAAGGAAAGUGGGUUUUAUAAAUACUUUUAAAAUAUCAAAACAAACAACUGAAAUUAAGCUCAGAGCAUUUUGAUAGAACAUGCUCUUCUCUGCCACUGCCAAUAGAGGGCCCUCUCCCUCCUGCCAUAAAAGAGAGAGGGAUGUCUCUUGAGUUAUCGUUUACUCUACACUGUUUGCUUUGUGUAAACAGUAAAAAGACUAAUGUUUUUUUUUUUUUAUCUGUAGUAUCAUAUUCUUUUAUUUAAGUGUUGUGUCCAUGUGAAAUACCACAAGUGCUUUGAAAACAAAGCUUACAUAUAUAGGCAGUUAUUAACUUUUUUAAGUUUAGGUCGUACACUCCUGAAAAUAAAGGUUCUUAAUUGUUUGUUUGUUUUUUAUUAUUGGGAUAUAUAUAUAAAGAGUUCUAGUGAAAUACAAAAUCAUUUAGCUGAUAAAAACAGCAAACAUCAGUUGCUUAGAGUUGCAAGAAAAAAAAUGUAAAUAAGUGAAUCUUUUCUAAAUCUAACUAAACACAUUUUUAUGUUUUUUUAGCACAUUAAGGAAACAUCUACAAUUCAAGCUAGAAAAAGUAAAUUAAGCAAUGUUUAAGGGUUCACCUGCAUACAGAAUGCCGAAAAUUUAUGUUAUAUUCGUAAAACAUGUAGAAAUAAAUAUGGUUGAAAUGCUUUUAAAUUUAGAACAUAAAGCAGCAUCAGUUGUAGCAUUCAGUUAAUAUUUUAAUAUAAAUGACAAAUUAACUUAAUUUAAGGGGGCUUUCAUGCCUACAUUGUUGGGCCCAUACUUCUCAGUUUGGUCAGAGCCAAAAGAGCAGAUGUGAAAGGUUCCAGAUCACAGGUCAGAAUUUGGUCUGUUCUCAGCUUUAAAACAAACCAGUGUUGUGCUGAAAUCUGUCUCCCAUUUUUCUACAUGCAAACGCUUAUGUUGGCGAUUUCUGUAUCUACUGUAACUGUAGAUUAACCCUAUAUUUAUAAAAGGAAUUACCUUGUGAACUGUUACUCACAUUCUGCUGCUUGAUGUUUAUUCCCAUAAUAAGAUGUAGAAUUCAGCACAACACCUGGAAAAUCAGCUUGCAGAACUGACACUAUUCUACAAACCAAGUAAUGUGAAGUACAGAGAGACGCAGCCCAUGUAGCUCAUGAUGACAGAAUGUAGUAAAUUUCUUUAGUCCACUCAGUCACUAACUGCAGUGUGAAACCAAAAUUAACCUGACUAAAUGUUUAGUAUAUAUUCUAAGCAACAAACACAAGAACCUUUGUGUGGAGUCUGGUUCUAUCAUUCAUGUGUGAAAACACCCUAAAAGAGACACCGCUACAUCUAAAAUUAUAAAGAUAUAAAACAUUAACAACUAGUCUUAUAUAAACUACUUUACAACCCAAUAAAUUAGUGCAUGAAUUCAAACAUAGUUCUUUUCUUAGCUGACUCCACCUUAGCACCUGUAUUUUCAGGAGUGUCUGAUUUUAUAGGAUUUUUCUUUCCAUGUAGUCUUUAGUGCUGGCAUAACAUUGUACAGCAGGUCUAGAAUCAGUUUAGCUCUUAUUUCAUUAUCCACCCCCUCAUUCAUCCUAUACUGCCUCCAUGCUUUCUUGGGGCAUCACUCUCUGCUCCAGUCAUCCAGUUUUACGCAACUCCAUCAACAAGAUGUUCCUCAGGACCUCUCCGGGCUCAUGGGUGGAACACCUGCAAUUCACGCUUUUUGAUUGGCUAAAGCAGCCAAAUAAAGCUUUGCUCUCAGGGUUAAAUCACUGACUGGUGCCAUUGCCAUCUCUCUUAACAUUCCACUGGAACAACAAAUAAUACUCAAAAGCUCUGCUACUACUAGUGUGUUCCAUCUAGUCUGUGAUUAAAUUGACAAUUUUAGUGUAAUAGUAAUAAUAUGUUGGAAUUUUGUUAUUAUUAUUAUUAUUAUUAUUAUUAUUAUUAUUAUUGGAUCUGGUGAUGUGUCAUAUUUAUUGUACAUUGGUGGUGAAUGUAUUUGAUUCAUUAGGUUAAAGUCUCUGUAGUGAUCACACAGUAUUGCCUUUGGUAGAACUGGACUUUUGUACAUAAUGUAUUGUAAUGAUGAUUAAUAUGAUUUGUGAAUUAACAUCCAAGCUACUGUCCAGCUUCAACUCAACACUGAAUCCUCAUGAUGUGUUUAUAUUAUAUUUCUAAAGGGAUUUUGUUGCUGUGAACAUGGUUAUAUGCUGUAUCUAUGGUUCUCCCAAGGCUUUAGCUUUAGUAUGAGUCAGUGCUACAGAUACAAUUAAAGGGAUACUCCAGUGUUUCGAACUUCUUUUUGCAACUUUUGUGAAAUAUUAUAACAAAACGUGGGUGCCUAGUGUCUUCUACUAUAGGUAAUAAUAAUAUAAAUAAAGAAUUAUACCGUAUUUUUCGCACUAUAAGCCAUUUUUCUGAUCUAUUUUCAUACAUAUGGAAUAUUAUGCGACACUAGGAAGGAUGUGGGGUGUCGUCAUGUUUUCCUUCUUUUUCAGCAGGUACACCUGUAAAGCUAAGCUAAGCUAAACUAAACAAAAAAAAAAAAACAGCCCAGACGAGUCAGAACGAGCACUGGAUGUUAAUCUACACAGAUUUCUCUUCUGAAAACUGUUUAUUUGGGUGAGUAAAGCACUUUUGUUUAUGUAUAGUAAGCUUAGAUUUCCACUAAACAUUAAGCAUUAGCAUUACUGGCUAACCGCUAGCAUUUAGUUGCUAAAGCUGCCUGACAGCACUACACAGAGGAACCCUGAGUGUUCCGGUAAGCCAGGGUAAUAUCAGCUAGCAUAUUUCAUGUUUAAAUACGAUAAACACGCAGACUACAGUCCGAUAUACUCACCCCUGAACAGCUAAAGAGCUUGCGCUUAGUGUAGUUAGCGGCUAAUGCUAAUAGUGCUGGAGAACUAAACUGAAACUCCUGUAUAACGCUGUACUUCAGUGGAAUGGAUUUACUGCUCCUUACAGCCUGACUGGUAUAAUUCACACGUAAGGCGCACCUGAUUAUGAGGGGCACUGAUGAUUUUGGGGGAAAUAAAAGGAUUUUAAAUGUGACUUAUAGUGUGAAAAAGUACGGUACUUCUGUAUGUACAGCUCAUUAUAAAUAUAUAAAUAUUUGUUCCUGGUAACUUUUAUCUUUCUUUGGAAUAACACAGUAAUCUGACUCUUACUCAUGGGUAGGCUACAGCUAAUUUUUGUCUUCUUUGAAUGAUAAGUAUAUGCAGGACACUGGAGUAUGCCUUUAAAUAAUGCUGUGUGAGAUUAAUAAAUUACCGUAAGUGUGAUUCAGAUUAACCCUUCUGUUAUGUUCAAACACCAAUAAUGUUCCUGUGCAGACUGACCCUGGACAUGUUUAACCAUCCAAAACUAGAAUAUUUUACUGCAUAAACAUUGUUAGUGUAAUUAAAAUCAAUACUUUUUAUUUGAUUUUAUUAUAUUAUGUACCUUUUUUUUUUCAUUUUCUCAAUUACUUUUGAAUUAAAUUUGUCGAUUCUAGUUUUUGUAACAUCUGUUCAGUGUUCUGAAUGACCUGAAUAUUGUGUGGGAACACAUAAUGCACAAAGCUCCGAAGCUUCAUGCUCCAAAAAAAGAAUUACAUAAUUUUUCUUUCAAUUUUUAACUUUGAAACAAGUUAUUUUGAUCCACAGUAGGACAGGAGGGUUAUGUGAAUUACCAUAUUUGUUCUGUAGUGUCAGCUAGCACAAGAUAGUCAAUGCUAAUUUCACCUUUUGUUUUUUUUUAAUGCUUUUAUUUUUUAAGAAAUGUGAAGAGGACUUCUUUGAAAACCUGAUGGAUUUGGUCACUAGAGGCACUCUCAUAUAUUUUAUUCUUAUUUUAUAUUUAUAUGCUGUCCUUCUUCUGUGAAGUUGCCAUCUUUGAUGUGUCUAAAUUUUUUAAUCGAUAGACUGAAAUUGAAUUUGUUUAAGUUUGAUCUUGUUACGCUGAUAAGUUAUAAUAUUUUUGUUUUGAUUGAUUACAAUAUGUUGUUAUGUGUUUUUAGCUUUUUUUGCCAAAAACUCUUGAAAAUAAAUGUAUGUUACCUUAUACUUUGAUUUUCUUUUCUCAAAAGGUACACAAGGUAGAUUUGAAUUGUUCCAUUUUAUUUAGACUAUAUCUGUUUUCGGUAGGCUGCGCAUUGCAGUUCUGUUCUUAUCAACACUGUUGAGUAAGGGGUAGUAUCAGUAUUUAAAUAUUUUUGAUCAUUUGUUUUAAUUUGUCAAACUUCUGGUUCCAAACUAUAUAAAGUUAAAGUGGCAUUCCAGCCUUAAAUUACCAUUUAGAAUUUAGAUUUGCCUAAAUUUUAUAUUAAAUAAUUAUUAUAUUAUAUUAUGUAACUUUGCCUAUUGUACAAAAUUACAUUAUUCAAUUAAUCAAAUCCUCUGGAACUAUAUGCUAAAAUUGAUAUGUUAAAGAGCCACUAAACCCUACAACAUUUUUUUUUCAAUAAUAUUUGAAAAACACUUUUACUGUGGUAAUUUCUGCCACUAUCAAAUGGCACACUGCUGCUGCUGCAGCCAAUCAGCUCUCCCUUUUGCCCUGCCCCGGCCCUUAAACCCAUACAUCACCCUAACCUUUCCUCCCAUUUUAGCCUCUUUCAAAUUUGAGCUGAGGAUAGAGUCAACAAAAAUCAUGGGGGGUUAGUUACCCUUAAACCAUUGAAAAUUUCACAAAAAAAAAAAAAAAAACGCAUUGAUUUACGGAUUAUUAUUAUUUGUCUAGGAGCAUUUGUUUCAUGAUGUUUCUCAAAGAACAACAAACUAUAGCUGUACUCAUUAAUAAGCACUCAUGUGGAGAAGGAAAAAAGAGCAGAAUGUGGACAGGGAGCAGAGAAAAGGUAAAGUGGAAAUGGAAACUAUGGAGAUUCUAACCAUGUUAACAGAGCACAAAAAAAGUCAGACUCAGUGAAAGGUUCCACUACUUCAAAAAAUCAGCUCAAAAAUCAUUUUGAAGGGCCUCAAUAUGUCAAUGUGUCUCAAUAUAUCCACCAUAAAAUUGCUUGUAGCUCUUCCUGCGCACAAACUUUAUCAUUGAAAGAUAUUUCUCAUAUCAUUAAACAUUUCUAAACAUGAAAAAUAUUUCUAGAAGCAAAGCACCCAUAAUAGCAGAAUUUACAUGUAUAGAUUAUCAUAGCUGGAAUGCCCCUUAUAUAAUUAAAUAAUACUGUAAUUCCAAAUUCUUUGGCAUUUUUUGGCAUAUUUUGUGUGCUUUACUUUGCAAAUCAUGUUUUUUUGAACAUUCUAAUAAUUUUGAACAUGACCAGCACAGUGUGUAUAAUAAUUACAACUUUUGUGAUCCAAACUUCAGAUUUGUAGUAUUUUACAAUGUUUUAUUAUGUCUGUGACAAACACAUACAUCUAUGUGAAACUGUGCAACUUUGUUAAAUGGUGAAAGAUACCGAAAUGUAUUUAUUAUUUUGAUAUUAUUUAUUAACUCCAUUUAGUGUUUUAAAUAUUCACAUUACAGAUAUUCAGACUACUGUGUGUUUUAGAUGUUGUGGUUCUUAUUUUUCUUAGUGUGUUUCCAGACACUUUGUACAGCUUUCACUGCCAACAUGGGCCUACUGCAUAUUUCAUAUUAAUUUUUUUAUAACAAUAAAAGGAUAGUGAAUAGUACACUUUAUUGCACAUGGCUUAGCUUAUUGCUAUUUACGGAUUUCAGCUGAUUUCCUAAUUUUGAUCUAAAAGGGGCAUUCUGGCCUAAAACUAGAAUUAGAAUUAACAUGUAAUAUAUUUUUUUAUUUCUUUUUUUUUGUUGUUGUUGUUUCACCAGAGUGCCCCUUUGAUGAAAGCUUAAUCAAGCUAAUUCUCAUCCAGAUGUUGUGCUGUGUUAAUUCUGGCAUAAUACGAAUCAUCAAAUCCUUGUAAAUAUCUUUGAAAAAAAUAUAUGUUUGUUUAUUUUUUGCUUUUGAUCUUUCUUUUAAAGCUCUGUGAACACUGUCAUCCUGCCAAACUCUGCAUUACAAACAAUGUAAUAAGAAAGUGUAAGAUUUGUGAAGGUGACUUUGCUGCAACAUUUGUAUUGCCACUGGUUUACACUGCUGUACAGCCUGUCUGUACAUGUGUACAUUUUAUAAAUCUUGUCAUUGGCCAACAAUGCUUUUUAACAAGAA